CAUCGCACCCCGCUCCUGAUAAUUCGCCGCCAUGUAUAUAGACCCUGACCCUAACGCUCCCUCUAAAUCUCAUCGGCGCCCGUCAUCUGCGUCUCUACAUUCUCUUCGCCAAUUAGACGGCUGCGCCAAUCGUGCGACGUCAUUGUCCGUCCUAACGGUCUUUUCGAGCUAACGCCGCGGACUACCGUGGUCUAUCAUCGAGGGCAUCAGCUGCCGCUAUCGACUCGCCGCACAUACGUCUGCUAGCGGAAAAUUCUAUUUGAAAGAGGGGUUAAGGAAGAGGGUCGCCCAGCAUGUCUUUGACGGAGCGUUUGACGACAAUGGAGGAGUACCAGCCGUGGAGUAGAGAGGCGAGCCCGGACAGCAGGCAUCGCAAGAUGAGCUUCAAUCCCGUGGGGACCUGGACGGAGCCUGCGUAUGAGGAGCCGGUGGGCGCAUUUGAGGUGCCCAAGUGGAAGAGAUUGCUCCAGGUCCUCUUCGCCGUGAUAUACUGCCUCCUCGCCGCCGGUGUCGUCUUCGGAUACGCUGCGAUAAAACCCGUGCUGCUGCAGGAAGGGGUAUACAGGGAUCAAUGCACAGAGAAAGAGCUGGAUGAGGACGUGCCGGUGUGCUACGGGCAGGAGAUAAGGCUCAACCUCAUGUUCACCGUCGCGGCCGUCUCCACGAACGUCGUUGCGCUCCCCGUCGGCACGAUAUUGGAUCGCUUCGGGCCCCGCGUUAGCGGUAUAAUAGGUGCUAUCUUCAUCACGAUCGGCUCGGUGCUGUUCGCAUUCGCAGAGGACAUGUCUUUCGAUGGACACAUACCCGGUUACCUGUUCCUCGCGUUGGGAGGCCCUUUCAUAUUCAUCUCGUCCUUCCAGCUCAGCAAUACGUUUCCGCAGUACUCCGGACUCAUCCUCGCUCUGCUCACGGGAGCAUUCGACACUUCCAGCGCCGUGUUCCUCGGUUACCGCCUGAUAUAUCAAGGUAGCAAUGGGGCUUUCUCGCCCAAGAAGUUCUUUCUAUGCUAUCUCAUAGUACCGGCGUAUAUCCUGAUAGUUCAGAUCUUCGUCAUGCCUGGUUCAUCCUACAAGACCGUUGGCGAAUUGGUCCAGGGUGUCGAAGACCUGAGCGUGAACGAUGCCAUCCACGACAGCGAUGACGAAAUCGAAGACGAGAGCGUUGUGCGCCGACUCCGCGACGCACGCCGUUUGCACCGGGAAAGCGUUGUUAGCCAGAUCACGGAGCUACUUGGCACCAAAGAUGCAACGGAGCAGACGAAAAAAGAGGAGAAGAAGAAGAACAUUUCAGGAGUGUGGGGCGCGCUUCACGGACGUACUGCUGCACAGCAAAUGCGGACGCCUUGGUUUAUUUUCAUUACGCUCUUCACCGUCAUCCAGAUGCUGAGGAUCAACUACUUUGUCGCCACCAUUCGGUCCCAGUAUGUGUACCUCUUCCAUAGCUUACCGAAAGCGGUGGAGAUCAACAACUUCUUCGAUGUGGCGCUGCCUCUUGGGGGUGUGAUCUCCGUUCCUUUCAUCGGCCUGUUACUCGAUAACACAAGCACCACCCUCUGCCUGUCCCUUCUAGUUGCCAUUGCAACAACCAUUGGGGUCCUUGGCGUCAUUCCGCAGACAUGGGCUGCAUACGCAAAUGUCUGCCUCUUCGUCAUCUACCGGCCCCUCUACUACACCGCCGUCUCUGACUACUCUGCCAAAGUCUUCGGCUUCGCGACCUUCGGCAAGGUCUACGGCCUCAUCAUCUGUCUCGCCGGCCUCUUCAACUUUGUGCAGUCCGCCCUCGACGCCAUAACCCACAAGGGCUUCCACAACAACCCUUUGCCCGUCAACAUAAUUCUACUCGGUCUCGCGCUAUUCGUCGGCAUCCUGUUGGUUGGCUUUGUGGCGCGCAAGAGCCACAAGAUCCACCGGGAGAAUAUUGAAGAGGAGGCUGAGGGCGCAAGGGAGGUGCUUAUGCCGGGCGCGAAUGGAAGUGGCGUGGUGGACUACGGGAGUAUGCAGAGGGCGAAUGGGAACACUGGGGAAGAGGAGGAGCAGAGGGGUAGGAGACAGAGUAUGACGAGGGGUUAUUGAGAGCGGGAGGGCCGGUGCGUAAAAGUCAUUUCUGGAGUUCUUUUGCUUCCUGCCGAUUUCAUGUACUUUUUUUUGUUGCCGUUUUUGUCUGGUCUUCGGCAUGGCAUGGUGCUCUUGGUGUUUCGUUUCUCCUUUUACUUUUAACACUAUGUUCAAUCUUUUCGUAUUGUUCUUAUUCCUCCGCGAUUUCCAUUGGUUCAGAUUGCAUAGUACCUGCGUGCGCGGCAUUGGUGGUCUUCUGCUGUCUAGUUUAUCAAGCAUGAGGAGAUGGGCGGUUAAGACAAGAGCAAGGAAUAUGACAAGAUCAGAUGAGCGACGAAUAGUAUUUCUACAUACAUACAUAGCGCUGAGCUGGCCGCCGCCAUGUUUAUACUUCGGAAUGCAAAUCUAUCACAUCAGAGUAGC